AUGCCUUUUGCCAAGGGUACCAAUGCCUCCUCUACGCCGCCACGCAGGAUGAUGUUCUUGAAGGAGCAUCCAGACUCCGGACAACGAGUCAUGCCAUCGAAGCCAAAACGUUUCACAGGCGAUCCCUGCUGGCAAACCCUAAGUUAUGGGGUCCUUCUCGUUCCAGAAACACAUGCCUAUCUCAAAAACUUUGAUACCGUCGUACGGACGCCCUCUGUCCCCGCCCUGGCUCUCAAAAAUCGUCCCAAGGCGUCUCCGUACUCCAUAGAUACUGGCUAUCCACAUCGCCACGAGCAGGCUAAUCAGAAGAACACUUCCGGACCACCGGAAGAAACUCUCGCUCUCGUUCUCUAA